AUGACGGCGACGACUGUAGUGCCCGAGAGUCUGACUGUGGUCAUCACGACGUCUCCGACGCCGUCGGCGCCUUCAAUCGACCUUGUGUCGCUGGUUGUGGCCUCGUUCCGUAAGCACUGUCCCGUCCUGCUCGCCUGCCGUGUCAUUGUCAUCUUCGACUCCUACGAUCACGUCGUGCCCAAGGCGCGUUUGAAGAAAGGUCAGGUGACCCAAGAGGUCGCGAAGAACUAUGACAUCUACAAGGAAAAUGUCAAAGACUUCAUCUUGUCACAGUUUGCGCCUCGCGAGGAACCUGGCGCUCUACAACAGGGGCAAGGCGAGGCUGAGUACGGCUCGCCCAUGAUCGCCUCAAAUGUCGUGGCUUUCAAGACAUCAUGGACCGCUGACAAGCAUGUCACGUUCAUCGAGCCAUCAGCGCGUCUCGGCUUUGGCUUGGCUGUUCGGUCUGCGCUCAGAAUGCUGGAAACGCCGUACGUUUGGAUCCAUCAGCAUGACUGGGCACUCCUGGCAGACAUCCCAGUGGAUGGUUUGCUCGAGGUGAUGCAGGACUCGAAGAGCGACAAGACUCUGCCCGUCAACUACGUGUGCUUUCCUUCCGUUCGCAUGCUGUCCUACGCCGAGACAGUCAACGCCAUGGACUUCCCGGCCCUGAAGGCCCUGACGAUCUCCCUCAGGCGGGAGUUCGCCGUGAAAUCGCGACCUGAAGUGCGCAUCCCGCUGACUCCCAUAUUCUUCUGGCACGACAAGCCUCAUAUUGCAUGCGCGGCUCAUUACCUAGCCAGAGCCUUCCCGUCCCGCCUCGCCAUGCCCCGCGGCGCCUUCAUCGAAGACACAAUCGGCCAGAGGGCAAGGCACCAGAUGAAGGACGGCAACUGGCACAAGUGGGCCUGCUGGCUGUAUUAUCCCGACGAUGGCAAGAGGCUGUGUCUAAGGCAUCUGCAAGGGCGAACGUGGAAGGGCAAAGAUGCCGAACAAGCCCGGAAGGAUUAUUGGCAGACGUACAACGCGGAUCGCUUGUCACGGGCUGGUACCAAGCUAGAAACACUUGAGAUCUGUGAGGAUGAUACUGAGAUCUAA